CGUUGUCGUCAUUCAUAUACGCCCAUUGCGGCACUGGGCAGAUCGAUAACGCCGCCCCAUUUCCCUGUCGUCGCGCCAUGGUGUUUGCGUGUCGCUUUCUUGCAGGUGGUUCAGAGGAUGGCCGGCGCAUUUUCGUUUGCCCGGUUCGUAUCUCAUGUUUUUUUUAAUUGUGUCAGCAGGAGUUUGUGUCUCUCCCUCUUUGUCUUUCUGUGAGCAGAGUGCAAAGCCUCGCUUUUUCCGUGCCUACAAGCAGACUCAGGCUCAUUCCGUGAACAAAAAAUGAUGGGGGAAGUAGGCUCCGGGCAGUCUACAUAUUGGUCCGUCGCCAUUUAUCAAUUUGCAGAGCACGCGCCCCCGCCCCGUGCGUGGUAUGGGUAGCCACAUAACGCCCAGCGUAGCGCUAUGCUAGCUUUGGAUUGCGCGCGCGCGCCAUCAUGUAGCGCCGCGUGUCUACGUAGUUAGUAUGCUAUGCCACAAGCGUUAUAUUAUCUACACCCUGGUGGCUGCCACGAGCGCUCUAUCCAUCCCUGCGGCGAAAAACGGCAGGAAGCGUUUGGGCGGCCAGAAAUAGUAGCGCCGCACACAAAAAACAAAUCCCGUCCCCUGUCUAUCAGCGGGUCGGGCCUUGCCUUCGAAGAGGCAGGCUCGGGCCGGCGGUAGUUUUGUUGCCUAGCCGCGGCGCACCGUGGCAGAAAUUGAAGAAAGCCGCCCGCGUUUUGUGUGCGCACUCCUUGCGACGUUCCGGGAGAAUAGGCCCACAGCCUCUGGCGAUUCCGCUCGAGGCGUUGCAGGCCUGCGAACCACACCGGGCCGCCCCGGAGGCGGUGGUCUUCUUUGUGCUUGAACUUGUUGUACUAGUUCCGACAUUAUUUCAUCAAGAAUGAGAAAAAAGGUCGCCCUGGUUGUGGGUAGCCGGGCCGCAAGGGCGUUGCGAGGUUCCGGAGCGGCCGGUCCAGUUUGUGGAACUCCCACGCGCAGGCCCGAAGGCCUGCGAAGAAAGAGAACACGUCGCCCCUGACCUCCGCUGGUGUUUUUUUCGCCGCUGCGGACAUUAUAAACUAACAAAAGGAAAGGCCGCGCACUUCGUGUGCGAGCGUUCGUUCGUAGCUUCCUUUCGAAGCCCCGCAGGGCCCAGCGCAGCUUUUGGCGAUUCCGCACGAAGCCCGUGCUGGGGCGUGUGACGCUCGCCGAAGUCCCGUUUUCUUGUCGCCUCUUCGGUGGGGCCGGCUUUUUUCUUGUCGCACACCUCCGCGCGCAGCUUCUGUGGCUUCUGGAACCUACGCGGCCCCUGUUUCUGGCUUUCCAGCGGAGUUCCCCCAGGCUCCGUGGGGCUCGGCCUAGGUUAUUGCGCCCCCCCCCCCGCGCGAUGCCCCUCAGACACCAAAUGUGGAAAACGCACACAGAAAACCUCCGGCGACUUGUUCGAAGCUGCAAAAACUAGAAAACGCGAGCCGCUUGGUUUGGGCCCGACCGACUCCGGAAUCCUUUUGAGGGUCCCGGGGGGCUGACCCAGCUUCUUGCGGUUCCGCGCGAAGCCGCAAGGACGCUGCAGUUCUGGCCCGCGCUCUUUCGUGGUCGAUCCAGAUCCCGCCCCCGCGCAGGCUUUUCUUUUUUCUCGCCUCUGAGUGGCUUCUAUUGGUUGCCACUCUGCUUUGUCGCCGGGCGCCAGGGCUGAGGCUGCUGGUGCUGAUCAGUACAACGAACUGGGAGCGGGAGCGAGCCCGAUGUGGCCUGUCGCGGUUGCAGCGUUGCUUGGGCCUUCGCGCCGGGCUGGUUUGUAGGUGGCCUUCAGUGCCUGGCCUUGGUGGUUGCCCGCGCUUGGAAGCAGGCCGACUUUCCUGCAAAGCCUGACACGGCCCAUGCCCGGCGUGUUUGUUUCUUGUUUUCUAUAUCUCUUUUCUUUUUGCGGGGGAUGCGGCUGUGUGUUUCUUUGAUGAGUUCCAGGCUCUCUUCUUUGCAAAGAUAGAAAUGGGCGACGCUGCGCGGCGUGGCGCCUCGGCCCCGUCAGCCCUUUCCAUCACGAAAACAACGGGCGCGCGCAUUUUUGCGGGCCCUUGCCUGCAAUGGGAUGCAGUAUGUAUCAGCGCAGCAAAAUUACUUAAGCACUUACCCAAAAGACAAAGCUGCUUCGGGCCGCCUCUUUGAAGACUGGUGGCCAGGCGUUUUUGAUGGUGUUGAUAGCUGAUCUGGUCGUGGCGAAGGAGCGAACAUGCCACGAAAAGCGCUGCGCGGGGCGGGGCCUUUUUUCACUUGGAAAAAACGUGCCUGACCACAGCCAUUUGGUGCACUUGGGCAGUCUGCAAGACGUUGCGCGAGUCGGUGUCCCAGAUUUGUCGCUGCGCGGAAACGGCAGGGGUAGCGGCCCGCUCCGAGCUUCGCAUCCUGGGCCGAGAGGUGAGCGGCAUCGGCCGCAAGAUAUGGAGUCGCCCUGUGCUACCGACGCCGGAAAAAUGGGCGCGCUACCGGGUUAGUCAAGGUGCCCCAUUUUCGUAUCUUUAUGGCCAUCGCACAAAAAAAACCAUGGCCGUCGCAAAAACAACAAAGGUCGGCAAAUUUUCCACCAAGAAACUUCAUGCGCUAACUAAGUAGCUACAGCUACUUCGCCGAAGUUUACAAAGUUCGCACUAGCUGCAUGACCAUCAUCGUCGAAGUAAAGGCAGCUAGCAAUCGAAGUGCUACCACUUCUAGCUAGCUACAGCAUCAGCAUCGUCUUCGCAUGAUCAUCUACUUCGUCGGCGCGUAGUCCCCUGCGGACCUGGGGCCAGGCGCGUAGCUCCCGGCGGAUUAGGCCCCGGCUGAAAGUUGUCUCUCCGGCUGAGAGGGAGGUUGUUUUUUGUUUUGUUUUUUAAAUUGUGGAGAUGGGUGCCGAAGAUACGCAAGAAAAAAAAGCGUCCCUCCCAGCCGGAAAAACAGCCUGCAGCCGGAGCCUAAUCCGCAGGGGACUACAACGCGCCUGGGAUUAGGCUCCCCCAGGCUGCCUCUACUUCCCCCAGGCUGCCUCUACUUCGCCCGCCUGCGGGGGGGGCUGCCGCUAGACGGCCUGGGCUGCCUGUAGCCUUCCUGGGCAGGCUGCCCCUAGCAUGGUUCGGCUAGUACCUCUAGCCUGCCGGGGCUGCCGAGCGAAGCCUGGCUUGCUGGGCUGCCCAGCAAAGAAAGCGAAAGCCUGGCCUGCUGGGCUGCCAGCCUUACCCAGCAGAGCCCCGCUCAAUGGGCUGCCAGCCUAGGCUAGUUGCUAGGGCUGCUGGCCUAGCGAGGCAUAGCCUAGCUUUGCUAGGGCUGGCAGCCUAGCAAAGCCUGGGCUGCCGGCUGGCAGCCAUCUCAGCUAGAGAGUCUCCAUCUGAGAUGCAGAGUCUCUAUCUCAGAUGGAGAGUCUUGUCUCUAUUUCGGCUUCGCCACUGGUGGCGAAGCUGCUGAAAUAUAAAAAAAGCGCGCAGGUGGAAAACAGUAAGAAACAGAAAAACAAACAAAGACGCUCUAUCUCUCAUGGAGAAUUUCUAUUAUCAUCCGAGAGUCUCUAUUUGGAAUAGAGAUUCUCGAAGAUUUUCUAUUUCGAGCGCCUCGCGAAUUAAGGUAGGAAAAUGAGGCACCUCGGCUAACCCAGUAGUGCGCCCAUUUUUCCGGCAUCGGUAGCGCAGGGGGAUUCCAUACAAGCCCGCAGAGUCCUCGCCAGGCACAAGCAGUAGCAGCGCCGCCGGAACGCCGGCCCAGCACCAGGCUACAGCCCCGCAAGGAACCCCGCCCGGAGAGCCGCCGCAAAACGGACCAGCCCCGCGCCUACGAGUUCCGCAAAACUACGACCAUGGUCGGAACUUUGGUCGUAUCGCGCUGAAAAAAAUGAUCACGCUCAUACUUUCGCCGUUUUUGGCCCGAAUAGGAGCACCCUUAUGCAUGAUCACUUUUUCCCUGGCGUGGGCCACAUGCGGCCCAUGCCGUCGCAUUUGAAAAAAGUGAUCCCGGCGCCCUAAUUAAAAGCGGGGCGCUCAUAUUUUUUUCAACUCUUCUUCUACAAAAAAACGCGACAAAAAGUCGCAUGGUCACUUUUUUUAGCGUGGCGCCAUUCUUCCAAAACGCAGAAAAGCGCCACACUUGAAAGAACGCAAAUCACGAGCGGACCAGGCUGGUUCUGAAAAAGCACCAGACCCGCGAGAGCGUGCUGGCUAAAAAAAAUGGCCAUACGCUAAAAGGUGGACUGUUUUGCCUCGACUCAGAUUGAUUGGAUUUUGGCCAAAAGUGGCGAGGAUAUGAGUAUGGUCAUUUUUUUUUGCGCGAUAGGUCUCCUCGCGGAAGGCGAAGCAAACAUCGGCGAAAACACUCAGCGUGACUGGGGCCUCCGCGACUGAAGGGGGCCGCCGCGACCUCGUUUAUAUAUUUACUCACACAAUGCCGCUCUGUGGUAGUCGUGGGGCAGUUCGGUUUUUACACUUUACACGGCUCACGCAACCAAGGCGUCGUGAUGAUAGUAGGAAACAGCCACGACACCAGACAGCUGAUCGACUGGAGCAGGUUUCUUCUUGAUCGCCUAGAGCGCAGAUCCAAUUCUAAACCGCCGAUCAAGACAAAAGCAAUGAGCUUCAUGCUGAUAAAAUGGCAUGAGUGUUGUACUUAGCAGGCUUCCUAGGGGAGUGACAACAUCGACACUUGAGCAGUUUGAAAGCCAAUUUGUGAUCAGCUUGGGGACUGAAUUGCGCUGGAGGUGACUUUCACUACUUGCGCUUUAUAGAUACGCACCGGGGUGGUAGUGCUCGUCUAUUUCUAUUCUGAGGACCAGAAUAUUUACACCGAAUAGCGGGGACGCAAAUCCACCUAAGACGCCACCACGCAGAAGGGGGCAGUCCCGCUACCUCGUGUAGCAAUGGAAAUCGAAGCAAUUGCGUAAAGGGAAAAUGUUUUUUUGCCAGCGGCGGCCCUGCACC